GAUGGUGAGGCAUAGAGAUCCACCAUUAUCACUUUGCAGGUACAUAUUGAAUUUUAUUAUUGAUCGAUAGAUGAAAGUAACUUCAUAUUUCUUGCAAAAUGCUACGAGUAAUCUGGAGAUACCUACUGGUGUACCAGAUUGGUUGAAUGAAGUCGAAAAUAUUAAGAUAGAUGCUGAAAGUGUUAUUUCAAGUAACGUCAAUGGAUGUUUUAACUUGAAAAUGAGAUAUCGAACAGGAAGGAAGGCAUUUAAGACUACCCUCAAGAUUGAAGCUCUAAUUAAAGAAAAUAAUGAGACGAAUUGGCGUGAUGCUCAAAAACCUCUUGGAAAAGUGAGUUCUAAAUUGGCAUCCACUUCUGAUGGUGAUGUCCAGAAUUACUUCAAAUCAAGAGAGAAGAUUUUUAAGGAGGCGCUCGGUUUGCUUCAACAAGAUCAAAAGGCCCAGGUGAUAGCCUUAUGCGGAAUGGAUGGUGUGGGGAAGACCACCAUGAUGGAACAACUGAAAAAGGCUGUGGAAGAUAGGAAAAUGUUUGAUUGGGUUGUGAAGGUGGUUAUCGGGCAAAAGAUCAACGCAUCGUCUAUUCAGCAAACCGUGGCAGAAUACUUACAAAUUCCUUUAACCGAAACAAGUACAACAACAAGGGCAGAUCGUCUUCGCGUAACGUUUGGGAAGAUUUCACAAGAAAGAAAAGAGAAGGUUUUAGUAAUAUUGGAUGAUGUUUGGGAGAAAGUUGAGCUUAAAGACAUUGGACUAUGUCCUUUGCCAAACGGCUCCAAGUUGUUGCUAACAUCACGAGAAGAAAACGUUUGUACACAAAUUGUUGCAGAAGAUGAUUUAGAUCUUAGAGUUGUUAGAGUAGAUGUGAUGGAGAAGUUAGAAGCGAAUAAUUUCUUUUUUCAAAUUUCAAAAGUUUCAAACCCGGAGCUCAAAGAAAUGGGAGUUAAAAUCGUGAAAAGAUGUGGUUUCUUACCCUUGGCCAUCAAACUCAUUGCAACAAACCUUAGAUCUAAAGAAAAGUGGGCAUGGAAGAAUACACUUCGCCGUUUGAAGAAAAAUGAACUCGUUAAGAAUGUGCAAAAAAUUGUUUAUAAGUUAUAACUUUUUAGCUGAUGAAGAUGCUAAAGCAGUUUUUCUGCUUUGUGGUUUGUUUCUGGAUGACUUCAAUAUUCCAAUCGAGGAUCUGACAAGAUACGCAUGGGGCUUCAGUUGUUAAAUGAAGUUCCUACUCUGGGGGACGCUAGAGACCGAACAAAAACAUGUGUACUUGAUCUCAAAAAUGCAAAUUUAUUGCUCAGUAGCGAUCAUUCCGAUUGUGUCAAAAUGCACGAUUGGACCACUAACUAUCCAAUUAACAUUUCAAAUGUCUGUCUAAAAGCAGGGAAGGAGGUAUUACUCACCUCCAUUCCAGAAUGUACGUUGACCCAGAUGUGUGGGUCAAAUGACAUUGAGAGCUUCCGCAUUAGCUGAGCCUCAGGCUCACUGAAAAGAGCAGUCCCAGGAUUCUCUUCAUAUGGAUCAAAAUCCUGAAGUAUAUGAAGAAAAAGAAGGUUGUAAAGCAUAGGAAUGGGAAUAAAACAAUAGACAACCUCCAAAAUUGUUUUAUUCAAUGAUUUAA